GGGGAGGCAAGCGACGACCCUCCGCCCGCCGGCGCCUCGCGCCUGUCCCUUCCGCCACCCAGGGCAGCAUGAGGAAAGGCUGCCCGGCUCCUACUAGCGGCGGAGAAGGAGGCGAGGGACGCCGGCGGCGCGGAAGGAGACGGGCAGAGGGAGGGAGGAGGCAGCCGCCAGCGCGUCCUGCUUCGCGCUGAGGGGACGCGGGCGCUGCUCCUGCUGCUUCUGCACUUGGACGCUCCUGCCGCCGCCGCUACUCACUGGGCGCGUGUCUGCCUGGCUGCUGCCCGCCCGCCCGCCGGCGACUCCUUCCUUCCUUGCAAGGGGAGGGGGGGCGCCUCCUGCCCUUGCCGCCGCCUCCUCCUCCGCCGCCGCCGCGUUGCAUGGGGCGCGAGCGCUUAGCGCUUUCCAGAUAUGGUCAAGGCGGCGUCGGCGAUGGUGGUGGUGGCGGCGGCCGCGGCGGGCUCCCUGUGAUCACCGGCACCGGCGGCGGGAGGAGGAAGAAGAGGAGGGGGUAGAGGAAGACGUGGAGGAGGAGGCGGCGGCGAAGGAGGAGCGCUUGCCUGCCGCCCAGAGCUAGCCAGCCAGCCGGGGAGCGGCGGGCGAGUCGGUCUGCAGGUUGGAAAACAUUUGGGAAUAAGUCCAACAAAACAAUCAUGUUGGGAUUAAAGAAUCCAGCUGCCUUUCCUGGUUGUCUUCAUCUUUUAAGUGUUGCUGUACUCUUGCUAUUGAAUAUGGACAGAGUACACACAGAACAUUCAGCUGAAGAUACCAAUAAUUCAUCAUGUACUGGUACUUUUUUCUGCAAGAAAGGUGUGAUUUUGCCAAUCUGGGAGCCCCAAGACCCUUCAUUUGGUGACAAAAUAGCAAGAGCUACUGUAUACUUUGUGGCCAUGGUCUACAUGUUUCUAGGAGUAUCCAUCAUAGCUGACCGCUUCAUGUCAUCCAUAGAAGUUAUUACAUCGCAAGAGAGAGAGAUAACAAUCAAGAAACCCAAUGGUGAGACCACCAAGACUACAGUUAGAGUUUGGAAUGAGACGGUUUCCAACUUAACAUUAAUGGCUCUGGGUUCUUCAGCACCUGAGAUCCUCCUUUCGGUCAUUGAAGUGUGUGGGCAUGGCUUCACUGCAGGGGACCUUGGACCAAGCACCAUUGUAGGAAGUGCUGCCUUUAACAUGUUUGUCAUCAUAGCACUUUGUGUCUACGUUGUCCCUGAUGGGGAGAUCCGGAAAAUCAAGCAUCUCCGUGUGUUUUUUGUCACGGCAGCUUGGAGCAUCUUUGCCUACACUUGGCUUUACCUAAUUUUGUCAGUCAUAUCUCCUGGGGUUGUACAGGUCUGGGAAGGCUUGCUCACUCUCUUCUUCUUCCCCAUCUGUGUGGUGUUUGCAUGGAUUGCUGACAGAAGGCUUUUGUUCUACAAGUAUGUCUACAAGAAGUAUAGGGCUGGCAAGCAGAGGGGCAUGAUCAUUGAACAUGAAGGGGAAGGGCCGCAGUGCAAAGCUGACAUUGAGAUGGAUGGGAAAGUCGUUAAUUCCCAUGUUGAAAGUUUCUUAGAUGGUACUCUGGUCCUCGAGGUGGAUGAGAAGGAUCAAGACGAUGAGGAAGCAAGAAGAGAAAUGGCCAGAAUCCUUAAAGAGCUGAAACAGAAGCAUCCCGACAAAGAAAUUGAACAGCUGAUCGAACUAGCUAACUAUCAGGUUCUGAGCCAGCAGCAAAAGAGCCGAGCCUUUUAUCGUAUACAAGCCACUCGGCUAAUGACUGGAGCUGGCAAUAUAUUGAAGAGACAUGCUGCUGAUCAAGCAAGGAAGGCAGUCAGCAUGCAUGAAGUCAACUGUGAAGUGGCAGACAAUGACCCCAUCAGCAAGGUCUAUUUUGAGCAAAGCACCUACCAGUGCCUUGAGAACUGUGGUACGGUUGCCCUAACUAUUGCCCGCCGAGGUGGCGAUUUGACCAAAACUGUGUCAGUUGACUUCAGAACAGAAGAUGGCACAGCCAAUGCAGGAUCUGAUUAUGAGUUCACUGAAGGAACUGUGGUGUUUAAACCAGGUGAAACACAGAAAGAAGUACGGGUUGGCAUAAUUGAUGAUGAUAUCUUUGAGGAAGAUGAGAACUUCCUUGUUCACCUCAGUAACGUGAAAGUGUCCUCUGAAGAGACAGAAGAAAGCGUCCUGGAAGCCAAUCAUUUGGCAACAGUGGCUUGCUUGGGGUCUCCUGCUACUGCCACUGUCACUAUCUUUGAUGAUGAUCAUGCUGGCAUUUUUACCUUUGAGGAACCGGUCACUCAUGUGAGUGAAAGCGUAGGGACCAUGGAAGUGAAAGUGCUACGGACAUCCGGAGCUCGAGGAAAUGUAAUCAUCCCCUACAAAACCAUCGAAGGCACAGCCAAAGGGGGUGGAGAAGACUUCGAAGACACUUGCGGAGAGCUUGAAUUUCAGAAUGACGAGAUUGUCAAAACGAUAUCAGUCAAAGUAAUUGAUGAUGAGGAAUAUGAGAAAAACAAGACCUUCUACCUUGAAAUUGGGGAGCCCCGUCUGGUGGAGAUGAGUGAAAAGAAAGCCCUGUUGUUGAAUGAGCUUGGUGGCUUCACAAUCACAGGGAAGCUUUUAAAUGGCCAACCUGUCUUCAGGAAGGUUCAUGCUAGAGACCAUCCAUUUCCUUCUACUGUAAUCAACAUUCAAGAAGAGAAUGAAGAGAAGCAGCCACUGACAAGCAAGGAGGAAGAAGAGCGUCGCAUUGCAGAAAUGGGGCGCCCAGUCCUGGGGGAGCAUACAAAGCUAGAAGUGAUUAUUGAAGAAUCCUACGAGUUCAAGAACACUGUGGACAAGCUCAUUAAGAAGACAAACCUCGCUCUCGUGGUUGGAACAAACAGCUGGAGAGAACAGUUCAUAGAAGCUAUCACUGUCAGUGCCGGUGAGGAUGAUGACGAUGAUGAAUGUGGGGAAGAAAAACUGCCCUCCUGCUUUGAUUACGUGAUGCACUUUCUGACCGUCUUCUGGAAAGUCCUUUUUGCCUUUGUUCCCCCAACGGACUACUGGAAUGGUUGGGCUUGUUUUGUUGUAUCCAUCUUAAUGAUCGGCCUCCUGACAGCGUUCAUCGGGGACUUGGCAUCCCAUUUUGGCUGCACCAUUGGCCUGAAGGAUUCAGUAACUGCGGUUGUAUUUGUUGCAUUGGGAACUUCAGUGCCAGACACAUUUGCCAGCAAAGUAGCAGCAACACAAGAUCAGUAUGCGGAUGCAUCCAUAGGUAAUGUCACCGGUAGCAACGCUGUGAAUGUUUUCCUGGGGAUCGGAGUCGCCUGGUCCAUCGCCGCCAUCUACCAUGCAGCCAAUGGCAAAACAUUCGAAGUCCAUCCAGGCACCCUGGCUUUCUCCGUCACCCUCUUCACUAUAUUUGCUUUUAUCAGUGUUGGCGUGCUCCUCUACCGGCGGAGACCGGAGAUUGGAGGUGAGCUGGGUGGGCCACGGACUGCUAAGAUUCUGACCUCAUGCCUCUUUGUGCUUCUUUGGCUCUUGUACAUACUCUUCUCAUCUCUGGAAGCCUACUGCCACAUAACGGGCUUCUAAAGGAACUAUUGGAGAUAGUAUCUAUAUGUAUCUAUAUAUAUAGAGAGAGAUAGGUAUAGAGAUAUAGAUCUAAUAUUAUUGAACAGAGGAAGAAAAGACUUUUGCCAUGUUCACUUAUCUACUGAUGGAAUGUAGCUUUGCGGUAGGAGUUUGAAAUCUGCAGGAUUUGUCACCUGGGGCAGCAUCAUAGAAAUGGAGGCACGGAUGCAGGGCCAUCUUUGCAACUCAACUUACAAGAUCAUGAUGGAGUUACUUUACAUAUCCCCCCGCCCCCAUAUAAGCAUAACUGAUUGCAACGAGGGCUGAUUGCACUGACAAAAGGCCAGGCUUAGUUAUAUCAUAUUGGGUGGAUGACUUCCCCGGGGAGUUCUUGACUUUAUUACCAAUAUCUUUGUUGCCUUCUUCGUAUCUCAAGAAUGAGCCGAAUCAUCACCCUCAAAGAAACAUACGAGUGUGGAGUGACCUACAGAGUUUGGGUUUUGUUUUGUUGUUUUUGAUUUUUGGUUUGAUUUCCCCUUUGCUGUCUAGCUGUUAAAAGUACCUUAUGUUGAAAUUUCAUACAAAAAAUCCCUUUCCCCGGUUUUUGGACUGCAUUUAUGAUCGGCGUAUCAAAUUCCCUUUAAAAGAAAAGCAACCUUUUCAAAUAGUAUUUUUUCUGUGCUUCAUUUGCUCCAAAAAUGUGGAUUACAGACCCGUGCCCAAAGCCCUGAUGUCCAACUCCUGCUUUUAUUUUUUUUUGUUGCUCUGACAGACCUUGUCAGGUUUAUUUCAAUUACCUCCCACGCCCUUCCUCCCUGCCAAUCUUUGCUGCUGUGCGCCUCCUCAUACUCCUGUUUGGGAAUGCUUUCAAGGUACUUGUUGUAACACUUUGCAUGAAUGAAGCAAACCAUAAUCUGUAAUAUAGCAUCAAAUAGUGAUAGUCCAUUCAGUGAUGCUGAUUGAACACUGAAGAUGCAAGCACGUUUCUUUCCACAUUUUUUUCUUUCUUUUUGUUUUUUUGUUUUUUUUUAAUGAACAGGAUGAGAGGCAGGAAAUGGUUGGUAUUCUGUUGCUCUGCAUAAGGUUCCUAAGAAGCAAUAACCAAGAACUGUGAAGAUGUGGAUGUUUGAAAGGAAAGAACCUGUGCAAGGUGCACAGUGCAAAGACUUAGGCCAGUUUAGAAAGGGAUCCUUCUGGCAGCCAUGCUUAGGAUGAACAUGAGCAGAGGAAGCUGCCUUGUACUGAGUCAGGCCAAUGGCCCAUCUAGCCCAGUAUCGUCUAUUCUGAUUAGCAGCCGCUCUCCAAGGUCUCAGGCAGAGGCCUUUCGCAGCCCCUGCUACAGUGUAACUGGAGAUUCCAUGGAUUGGACCUAGGACUUCCUGUGUGCAAAGCAUGUGCUGUACCACUGAGCUAUGGAUGAGCAGGUACUGCUUUGGGAUUAUGAACUCAGUGGGGCUUAGCAUUGCUCGUGCUAAGUCUGGUAGCUGGGCCAAGCCCUCAAUAAGCAGAAUACCCUUGUGGGUUUUUCCAAGCAUCCAUUUCCCCCUAUUUAUGCUGCAUUUUCCUCUGUCAUCAAAUAGCUGAUGCCAAAUCCUUGGUCUCCAUGCUUAUUAUUGUCCUUGCUACAGCAGCACUCUGGAAACCUGUGGGCGGAUCUGCUCUUCACAAAGGGCACCUUGAAGACAGAGAAAUUAAAAUUUAGUCUCCCCUGGUGUAUUAUUAAAAGUCUACCACUGCCCACCAACUGACCUUCAGAGCAGCAGACUGUCCUAGCUAGACAAAGUGGCAGUUCUUGCAUUGUCCAACCAUGAAUGCAUUUCUCCCUAGGAACUAGAGCUUAACUACUGCUAUUUAUUAUUUGUUCAUUACUGACAAUGUACUCAGCGCUGUACAAUGCACGGAGAAGUACCAAAACAACCCCUGCUCUGGAGAGGUUAUCAACCAGCACACAGGUACAGUGCAACAGAACUACCUGAGGAUCCUUUGUUGCUGCUUUGUGUUGUGUUUUGUUGUCAUCCCCCCUCCCUUAUUCAUUUAUCAGAGUCCGCCCCACCACCACCACCCCCAGUCUCUGGUGCUCAUGGAAGGAAGAAGCCAUUAACACAUCAGAACAAGGAGAGUUAGCCACUCUUGAGAUCCACCCAGGGCAGCAUAGGAGAAACUGCAAGGUGGUGGGGCAGGGGGCGGUCAUCACCAUGUUGAGACCGUGGGGAGGGGCAUUACGAGGUGCAAAGAAGGAGAUGGAUGGGGCUCAGUUUGGCCAGACCGUGUACUUACACAUGAGAUGCCACUGUGGUGCCACACUGUGCCAUGAUUGCUGCGUAGAUAUAGAAAGUGGGGGAAAGAAUAUUCUCACUGGACCAUUCAAAAGGAGAGUGCAGCCAGCCCAGAGGAACUGUACAAGCGGGCAGGCAAACAAACAGGCACAAUGGAAGGGAGAUGAAGGAGUGAGCAGCCACUGAAAUGGCUGGCUUUUUUGUCCUGACACAGCAACAGGCGUCUUAUCUGUGAGUGCCACAUUUGGUAGGGAUUUGCAGGAAUACAUCACUAGAGCUCCUCCUCCCAAGCAUAGCCCAUUUAACUGGGAGAGACAGAAACUAGUCUUUGUGAAAACAGCUUACUGUGGCUACCCACAUGGGAGAGAACCUUGUGUGGCUGGUUGGGCACACAUCUGGAACCCCUCCCCACAACGGUCCCCAUGCAAGCAGUCACAGUUCUGUUCCUUAGUAGUGAGCAUACAAUAUAUCUGGGAGCUGAGAGGGCAGAUGGUAAGAAAGGAGCAACUGCAGAUUGCAAGGAGGACACAUCCUUCCAUGAGUUCACCCUGUAAAAUAUUAGUCUUGCUUGGAAGUGUUAAAGAGCUACCAAGUGAAGCCAUCUGGCUGAUUACUGUAUACUCUGACUAGCAGUGGUUCUUUGUGGUCUUCCUGGGCUCCUUUUGACCAGAACCUCCCAGAGACUACAGCUGAGUUCUUGUGUGUGCCAGCGUGUAGAACUGAGCUCUGGCUUUGAACAACAUGUGGCACUGCAAUUUCAGUGGUGCUAGUUCGUGUCAAAGAGAAGGUGACAGAACUGGCCCACCCCACUACCAAGUAUUUCUUCUACCAAAACAGUUAAUGGCAGUCUCUUGGAGCAUCUUCUGAGUCUCAUUUCCUCUGUAGGUUGUGGCUGUUCUUCUCUCAGUUUGCACAUGGAUCCGAACAUAGGGGUGAUUUUUUUAAAAAAUUGUAUGAAGAGCAGAGUGGCUAUGCAGAUUCUUCCUAAGAAAGGGAAACUAUAGCAACGACAUAACAGAUAACAGGAACCAAUACCUACAUGGUUCCACUGGGGCAAAACAUGAAUUUCUAUAGAAAAGGAUUUUUCUAUAAAUGUCAGGGGAGUGGCACAUGUUUGCUACAGUUGAGAAUUCAAUCCUGCAUUCCUGUAGAAUGACUGAACGGAAGAUGAAGUUGCAAAAAGUGCUUGCGGGGGAAACUCUCCAUUUAUGUCAGCAGAUUAGGUUUAUGGCCUCUUGGUUCAGUCCUUAGUCCUCCCUUAAAACUCAAUGGCCGUAUAAUCAAUGAGAGAUGGAAUCAAGGCAUCCACUGGUAUCCAGGAAUGUCUUAUGGGUUAAGCACACAGAGUUCAUGCUGAAGAGCCUUCCAAUUCAUUUCAUGGGGAAGGUCAGCUGUGCAUGUGCAUUUAUUUGCACAUGUGGAGACAUGUUAUCUGUUGAAAUGAAUGAAAAAGCCCGUGCUCACAGAGCACUUACACAGGUCUGUUCUUCAUUACCUGUGAUUGCAGAAAUUAAGAGCUGGGGGCCAGAUUGGUGGUAAUGAAUGCAAUUUUAAUCACGUCACAUGAUUUUUUUAAAGGGAUGGAAGGUAGACUUGACUUUUGCUCACUUUAAACAAUCUUUGAAUGCUUGAAUUAUCCUGUUGUUUCUCCUUUAAAAAUUGAUGUUUUCCCCCUGUAAAUCAGUUUUCACUUUUGCAGGGGAUUUUCUUUUGUUUGGUUUCAUUUGAUUUGUUAUUGCAGGAAGAAAAUUUAGCAAUGACUUGGUUUGUUCAGGGAUUAUUAUUAUUAUUAUUAUUCCUGUGUUUAUGUAAAAUUAUUUCAUUUCAUCCAUUUGUUUGCUUCAUUUUUAUUUGCGUGUAUUGUGCACCAUAACAGAGAGGCAGUGAGUACACUAAUUGUGAUCAAUGGUACACCAAGGCACAGAAAAUAAAAUGUAUACAUGGUUCUGAUUUAAA